AUGACAAAUGGCUCUUUGGCGUGCUUGGCAACUGCGUGUAUCUCUCCAGCUUUCAACAUAACCACCACGGAAGGUCUGGACAAAUGGUUCACUGCAGUUACAACGGUGUUGUUGUCAUCCAGCAAGACUGGAGAUAUGGAUGAUGCCAUGGACACCUUGAAGCAGCUCAAUAAUGAUAAUCCAAGUAGUCUAGUUGAUGAUCUAAUCACAAAACAAAGAAAUGUUACAUUAGAUGAACAAAUAAGAGAUGCUAAGACGUUUUUACCGGUACAAAGAUUCCAAAUUUUUGUCACGUUUUGA